AUGGAAGUUUUAAAUAUAAUUGAAGAGAUAGUAGAUGAUGAUUUGCUUUUUAUUUAAAAAUACGGAUUACUAAUAUCGAACUUCAUUACAAUUUUUAUUCUUCUAUAUAUUAAAUCGAGGAGAUAGUAAAAUGACAAAGAAGUAAUGAUAAUUGUUAUUAGAUAAGGAAAGAAAUCCGUUUUAUUAGUCACUGUUCAUCUUGAUGAUGAAGCCAUGUUUUUUUUACCUACAAUUACUUAUUUAAAUGAUAACAAUUUACGAAGCUCAUUUAAUAUCAAACGGAAAUGCUAAUAAAAUAGGAAAAAUAUGAGAAGCAGAAUUAUAGAAAUGUUGUAAAUACCUAAACAUAAAUAAAGUAAGUAUUAAAUAUUCAUAAAAAGUUAGCUAUAAUAAAUGAUGAAAAUUUAUAAGACUCAUUGAGUGUUAUGUGGCCAAUAGAAGAGUAAGAAUAGGUGAAUAAUAAUUUAGAUAUAUAGCAGAAAAUAAUAUUAAGGGAGUUAUAACUUUUGAUGAAAAAGGUAUCUCAGGCCAUUUAAAUCACAUUGCUUGUUACAAUGCAAUAUUUAGUAUGAAAAGACCAGAAGGUUUAAAGGCGUUUCCUUUGGAGACCACAAAUAUAUUACGAAAAUAUAGUUCAAUUUUAGACUUCUUUGUCUCUUCUAUUCUUAAUGAUAAUCUCAUGGUGAAUCUAAAUAUCUUUAAGGCAUGGAGAUCAAUGUAAAUCCGCCAUUCAUAAUUUGUAUGGUAUAGAAAGCUGUUUGUUGUGUUUUCGAGAUACUCUUAUAUAAAUACAUUGAUUAAAAUUUGA